GCACUGGGCGCGGCGUCCCUCGCGCAGAGAAUGACAGCUCGCGCUAGUCCAAACUGUCGGAAUGCUUGAGUCGUGAAAAUGUUCAUGACUAUUUUUCUUCGUGCCUUGGCACCGUUGGUCCAUGCCACCAUAGUUGAAACGCUUCCCGGCUUAUCCCGCUUUUUUGGCUGAGACCUCAACCGCGGACAGGUAGAGAAGCUUUCGCUGGCGCUGCCUCCCGUUUUCUCAGUAAGUAGUGAAGGAUUUUCGGAUAGUCAUGGAUACAAGAGAGACCAAAGCAAAAGACGAAUCAAUGAAAGCCCGGGUUGGAAAGAGCAAGGACAAGAAGCAGACAUCAGUUAAGUUGUUUCGAAAGAAAUCGUUCAAGUCGGUUGGAAGUCUUAUGAAUAAAAUUCUUAAAACUUUGGGCACAUGGGCUCACGUCGGAGACAGUGAACCGGUGGAUGGAGAAGAUGACGAUGGGGGAUUUCGGGAUGGUACACCUUGCACUCUCAGCGCGAACUCGGGAUGUUUGAAAGACGACAUCCAAGUUUCCUCCGAGCGUUUGAUUAAGAAAAGUUUCCCGUUGCCACCCCGUAAUUCCCUCAGAGAAAGAUUGUCCUUGUCUUAUGGAGACAAAACUCCAGGUGUCCUGGGUUUGAAGAACCACGGAAACACUUGCUUCAUGAAUGCAGUUGUACAGUGCUUGAGUAAUACCGACUUGCUAGCGGAAUACCUCUGCCUUGAAUGGUACAAAUUGGAUUUCUGUGAAAGGAGUGUCAAUGGAAUGGUUAGGACGGAGGAUAUCCAGUCGUUACAGGGAGAAGUGACCGAGCAAUUGGCGUCUCUGGUUAGGGCGCUGUGGACUUUGGAAUACACUCCGCAGCUAUCCGUGGAAUUUAAGAGCAUUGUGUCCAAAUAUGGCACGCAGUUCCGGGGAAAUUCCCAACACGACGCGCUGGAAUUCCUGCUGUGGCUCCUGGACCGCGUUCACGAGGACGUCAAUCCCACCUCCUGCACAAACAACCACAACAAAUGCAAAACCUCCGGAAAGGCCCUCGGAGGACCAGAGGGGGCGCCGCUAGGAGAUGCUCUGCUCCCACAGCAGCCAGGAGAGCGCCACAGCUUUGUGCAGGAGCACUUUCAGGCACAGUACAAGUCGUCACUGACGUGCCCUCAUUGCCUUAAACAGAGCAACACCUUCGACCCAUUCCUCUGCAUCUCACUCCCCAUUCCACUACGACAGACCAGGCCUGUGUAUGUGACGCUGGUGUUCAGCACCAAGGGCCAGCGGUACCUGCGCGUGGGGCUGGCGGCGCCUCUCUUUGGCUCGCUGGGCUGCCUUCGCAGACUGGUGGCCGACGAGGGCAAGAUCUCUCCAGACCAGGUGAUUCUGGCUGAGAUCUACUCUACUGGUUUCCAGCGCUCCUUCUUCGAUGAGGAUGACCUGACCAGCGUGGCGGAGAACGACGUCAUCUACGCCUUCCAGGCCUCACCUCUCUACAUCAGGGGAGGCUCAGCACGAAUCUCAGGGUACCACCACAGCCUCCCCUCCUCCCCUUACGCCACCUCUGGACCGGAGGGUCAGAGGUUACCUGCCACAGGUGCGCUGUCGUCCGAGUUCCUCAACCAGGGCAUCCCCGGCAAGGUGCUGCUGCUGGUCUGCAACGCAGCGGGAGCCAAUCAGCAGGCAGUCAGGUUUGGGCCUCCGUUCCUGAUGCGUGAGGACCGCUCGGUGUCCUGGGACCAGCUGCAGCAGAGCAUCCUCAGCAAGCUCUAUUACCUGAUGAUCAACGGGGCCCAGGCACAGCUGUGA